AUGUGCUGCCUCUGCCCUGCACCACUAAAACAAUUUCUUGAAAUUGUGAUUGACAUGAAAUUUGAUGAAGAGCCUAACUAUUCCAAGCAAAUCUCCCUGUUCGAGGGACUGAUUGGACCAAAUCCUGCUAUAAGGCCAAUAAUCACUGAUGGUGCUCAAAAGAUUGUAUAUCAAGUUGGUCAAAAACGAAGUAGAUUGAAUAUUAAGGAGGAUGAGGAUGGGCUCCCUAAGAAGAAGCCAUCUGUGGGCCUUGAUUCUGAGGCUUUAUGGGGGUUGUCCAGAAUGUUAGCAGAAGUUACUAGUUUCGCCAUUGGUGGAACGGUUGUUUUGGCGAGUAGCUCUUGGUUGUACUGGGAUUUUAGGAAAAGAAAGCUCAUCAAGCUUAGAGAACAAUUCUUUAGGCAGAAUGCGUUGAUUCCUAUCACCCAUAGAGAUGUUAAGUCUACAAAUAUACUCUUAGAUGAUAAUUACACUGCAAAAGUGUCGGACAUUGGAGCAUCAAGCUUUGGAGUAGUCCUUGUAGAGUUAAUCACUGGAAAGAAGGCAUUGUCAUUCAACAGGCCAGAAGAUGAGAUAAAUCUGGCUAUGUAUUUUAUUACUUGUAUGAACGAUGAUUGCUUGAACCAAAUUAUUGAUGAACACAUGGUAAUUGAAGGAAACACCGAGGAGCUCAAAGAAGUUGCUAAUCUUGCAAAGAGAUGCUUGACAGUAAAAGGCGAGGAAAGGCCUUACAUGAAGGAAGUAGUGAUGGAAUUGAAGGGGUUGAUCUGGAAAAAGAUAUCUAAAAAUAGUUUGAAUUAUGCAGAGACUGAGAACAUGCUUGGUAAGGCAUCAAUUGGAUAUGCAGUUGGAGUUUAUAUAAGCAACACAACAACAGCUGGGGUUGAUAGCAUGGUGGAAGAUAUGCUAUUGCAUAGUGGGAGGUGA